ACCCUUCUUUCUUAUAACAAUUAAUACAUACAGUAAACAAUAACAAACAACACUGUGUGUCUGUGUGACAAUCUCCAUGAGAUCUGACACACAAAAUAAGUGAUCAUAGGCAAUUUGUUUUUAGGUGGAAAAAACAUGACAAGGAGAUCUGGUUUAAGAUGUUGUUUGAUAACAUUAGCACUGAUUUCAGCAUUGUGUGUAUCUGGUCCAGCUCUUUAUUCCAAGAUCAAAACUGGCUUUUAUUUCAAACCACCAAUUUCAUGUUCUCCAUGCAUCUGUGAUUGCCCUCCCCCUCUUUCAAUUCUCAAACUUGCUCCUGGCUUGGUCAAUCUUUCCGUACCAGAUUGUGGGAAGGAUGAUCCAGAUGUCAAAGAAGAGAUGGAAAAGCAGUUUGUGGAUUUACUAUCAGAAGAACUAAAACUACAAAAAACCGUUAGUGAAGAACACAUGCGCCAUAUGAACAUUACAUUUGGUGAAGCAAGAAGGGUCGCUUCACAAUAUCAAAAAGAGGCUGAAAAGUGCAACACCGCAACAGAAACAUGCGAGCAGGCAAGAGAACAGGUAGAAGCGUUAAUGAGACAAGAAAGAAAGAUAACUUCUUUAUGGGAGAGACGAGCUAGGCAACUUGGUUGGGAAGGAGAAUAAACG